AGCGCGGAAGAAAUGUUUUUGGAAGGAAAAGAUCCACUUUUAGAUCAUGGCACUGAUUCCGACUGGGAGCCCCCAGCGCCAACUUGUUCAUCCAGCUGGACCCCUGCUGUCUCUGGGCCAUCUACAGGUGUGAAGGCACCGACAAAGAAGCGGAAGAGGGGAAGUGUGUCACCUGCUAACUAAGGGACAGAAGGGCGUUGGCACACUGUCCUAGAAGAUGAUGUGGAGCCACCCCAACCAACUUUUCGGCCGAAAAGGAAGCCAGGACCUCAGGUGAACUCGACCACAACUUACAGCCCCCUUCAGCUUUUUCAGUUGUUUUUCACACAAUCCGUUGUAGAUUCGCUCAUGUCUAACACGAAUAAGUAUGGGAAGAAGAAGCAGUCAGGCAAAAAGGUAGCAUGGAAGCCCAUAUCCAUGUCAGACUUUUUCUGCUACCUUUCACUGGUCAUCUACAUGGGGAUGGUGAAGCUGAAAAGCCUGACGGACUACUGGAAAACGUCAUCACUCUACCAGCUGCCUUUCCCCAUGACUGUUAUGUCCUGCAAAAGGUUUCUGGUUCUUUCACAGGCGCUUCAUAUCAGUGACCCAAAGGUUGAUGAAGCGAAUGACAAGAAGAGAGGCACAGCAACGUUUGAUAGACUGUGCAAAAUAAAACCUCUCUACUCCAGCAUUGUUGAGGCCUGCAAGACGUACUUUCAGCCAGCCCAGAACGUGUCAAUCGAUGAGAGGAUGGUAGCCUCAAAGGCCAGAAUUGGCCUCAAACAAUACAUGCGAAACAAACCAACCAAGUGGGGUUACAAGCUGUUUGUGUUGGCUGAUUCUGUGUGUGCCUACACAUGCAAUUUUUUUGUCUAUGAGGGGAAGAACAGUUUUGCUACCGGUAAGGGACUUGGCUAUGACUCUGUAAUGGAGUUAUUGGAUUUUCAACUGCUAGGGAAGGGCUACAAACUGUUUGUGGAUAACUUCUACACAAGCCCUACCCUGUUUGCAGACCUUAGGAAGCGGGAAUGGAUGGAUACCAGAGAGGUGGUGAUGUGCACAACAAUCCACAAGUCCUUCAGUGGGGAUCAUGUGGUCAGACGUGUCAAGGAUGGUGCCGGGGUAUGGACCACCAAAAAUGUCCCCAUUCCAACUGCAGUAAAGGACUACAACAAGAGCAUGGGAGGCAUGGAUGUGCCUAAGGGCCAAAAGGGCACAGCGUGGAGGCGUUGCUGUGUUGUUUGCAAGAUGAAGUCCCCCAUCACCUGCGCCACAUGCUCGGUGACCCUCUGCUUUACAUCAGAAAGAGACUGCUAUGGCAUCUGGCAUCAGCAGCAGAAUAUUGUGUAG